GGAUUCCUCCGCCACAUCGUUACUAUGGGCGUGGAGGCGAUGUAGCCUGUGAAACCCUAUGGCUAGAAAUAAAAAGGUUUUUGCGUAAGAAAAUUUGAGGGAUUCCGAACAGCAGCGACGCUAAAAACCCGUGUUUCAUUCUAUACAUAUUGAAUGAACACGCAAAAGCCGCGGUUUCGGAUAAAUGAACCGUUCUGUGUAAGACGGAGCGCAUAGAUACCGCAAAGCGUUUCUUAUUCUAUAAGGAGGGGGAAAAAAGACGAGGCAAAUGGUGGUCUACGGUUCUGUCGAGAUGAUUUUCCGGGGAAAAGAGCGACGGUGUUACUUCAGAUAACAGCUGUGAGGAAGAUGACAUCAGAAGUGGUGUUUGAUUUGUGGUGAUUAGUAGCCGACUAGCUGCUUUCAUUGUCGCGGAUGUAAUUACAAGCCAUUUAAUUGGAGUCGCUGAACUGAGCAGACUCUGGGCGUCGUUUUCAUUUCAUUAGCUUUAGGAAGGCAGCUCGAGCGUUUGCCGGUGUUUGCUGACUGGGCAUUAGCUGUAGCUUGUGCGCGUGCAUGUACGCACCUGCCUAAAUUAAGCUAGCUACGUCCAGCUGUAAUUGCACCAAAUGCACGUCAGUUAUCACUCAUUUAUUUUUGCGCAGGCGGCGUAAGCGAAGCGAUAGCAACGCCAGCUGCAGGAGUAUAACCAAGAAGGCGUUCGGUGUUGAUAUUUUUGGUACGUUAUCAGAUCAAUUCAAGUUGUUAAUUCUGGAUAUCGUUGCGCGGUACAGAGUGCGAAAUCGUCCCAUGGUGAACUGCGUCAGAGCGCGCACGCUGCAUGAACUCGGCCGCUGCGCCUCCAUGGUGGAAACGACGCCUCUCCACGUGAACUGGAAUCGAGGCGAAUAUUGUUAAGAAGCACCACGCGGAGAAGAUCAAUUACCAUGGACCCCGGCGGAGGAACCAAACCCGCUGACGGCCCCUCGAUCUCCAAGUGUCCCUCCGUUCCCAAUUCGCAGUGCGAGCUCAACGGGAACAUUUAUGAAUCCGUCAGCGAGGGCUACGUUAAUAAGAUGGACGGCUCGGGCGCGGUGCGAGGUGGCAGCGACCCGAGCGCUUAUCCGCCGCUGUCGAGUUACCGGCGCGCCGCCGGCCAGCGCUUCAUCCGUAGGAGUUUGUGGUUUGCUGACGACGAGCAGACCCACGAGGCUCCUGAAUACGACGUCCGGAGCGAGAUGUCCACUGUUUGUUUGCGAACAAUCGUGGACCGGACCAGGGGCGCUUGGUCAAGCUUACAAGAAGGCUCGAGCACCGAGAGCCAGGCUGGACAAAAGGACAGCGCCACGGAAAGCACGAGCGCCGACGAGGAUAAGGACAGGGCCGGUUCCAAAGUGAACGCGGGUUCAACAAACGGCGGAAAAAGCACCACAAAGACCGCGAGCGAGGAGAACGAGGAAGAGGCCGAGAUGAAAGCCGUCGCCACCUCUCCCAGUGGCCGGUUUCUAAAAUUCGACAUCGAGCUCGGUAGAGGCUCAUUCAAAACCGUCUACAAAGGCUUGGACACUGAGACCUGGGUGGAAGUGGCGUGGUGCGAGCUCCAGGACCGGAAGCUGUCAAAAGUGGAGAGGCAGCGCUUCAAAGAGGAGGCCGAGAUGUUGAAGGGUCUGCAACAUCCAAACAUCGUGCGCUUCUACGACUUCUGGGAAUCUCUGCUCAAAGGGAAGAAAUGCAUCGUUCUGGUGACAGAACUCAUGACCUCAGGGACAUUAAAAACCUAUCUGAAGCGCUUCAAAGUGAUGAAGCCCAAAGUGUUACGGAGCUGGUGUAGGCAGAUCCUGAAAGGCCUUCACUUUCUCCACACACGCGCCCCUCCCAUCAUCCACCGCGACCUGAAGUGUGAUAACAUCUUCAUCACAGGUCCAACGGGCAGUGUGAAAAUCGGAGACCUGGGUCUGGCCACGCUUAAGAGAGCCUCGUUUGCCAAGAGCGUCAUUGGCACUCCAGAGUUCAUGGCCCCAGAGAUGUAUGAGGAGCACUAUGACGAGUCGGUGGAUGUGUAUGCCUUUGGCAUGUGUAUGCUGGAGAUGGCCACGUCAGAAUAUCCAUACUCCGAGUGCCAGAAUGCUGCGCAGAUCUACAGAAAAGUCACCAGCGGGGUGAAGCCUGCAAGCUAUAACAAAGUCAAGGACCCUGAGGUCAAGGAGAUCAUCGGUGAAUGUAUUUGCCAGAAUAAGGAAGAACGCUACUCCAUUAAGGACCUACUGAAUCAUGCCUUCUUUGCGGAGGACACGGGCGUGCGCGUGGAGCUGGCUGAGGAAGAUGACGGAAGGAAGGCCUCCAUCGCGCUCAAGCUGUGGGUGGAGGACCCACGCAAGCUGAAGGGCAAGUACAAAGACGGCGGUGCCAUCGAGUUCACCUUCGACCUUGAGAAAGAGGUGCCCGAAUGCGUGGCUCAAGAGAUGGUCGAAUCAGGUUUCUUUCACGAGAGCGAUGCAAAGAUCAUUGGGAAGUCCAUCCGAGACAGAGUGGCGCUGAUAAAGUGGCGAAGAGAGCGCACAGUGUCCACAGCGGUGCAGAGCGGCACGGCUCAGACCACGCAAGCCCAGGUGUCCCUUGGCGCAGUGCCCACCGUGUGUGAGCCCACUGGUACGAUAGAGCCUGAGGAAACCGAGGCAGACCAGCACGCCAACCUGGCCCAAAUGAGCAGCAACACUACCUCUGUGACAUCUGACAGUGGUAUUGGCUCCAUCAUAUACUCCGACUCCCACAGCAGCAGCUUGCGCAGUGUCAUUUAUCCGUCACUGCAGGAACCUGUUUCCACGGCAGUGCCGCAGUCUCAUGUGACUGGCCCUUUUUUGACACCACAUGACAGUGAAUUUCAGCAGUGGUCUCAUGGUCCUGGCUCUAAAGUACGUUUCCGUCGCCAAAGCACUACCGUGAUCGAAACACUCCGAAACCAUCCAGACAUCCGGUCAGUUCUUCAGUCAGUCAGUCCUGACUCCAACCCAUCACCCCAGCAGGAAUCAAAGGAGAAAAAGAGGAACGAUUCUUUCUCUCUGCAGUUGUUGGUUCCUCCGUUACCAUUUGAUACUCGACGUCACAGUGACUCAUCCACGGUGUUUUCACCCGAGAGCGAGUCCGACGACCCCCUGUUCAAAUCUUGCCGGUGUCAGUGUUGUCUCGAUCAUGCCUGUCUCACACCACAUCCCAUGUGCACAUCCUGCCUAUUGCUGUACUUAUCUAGGAGCAGGACAAGAAAAAUCUCCAGCCCCACUCAAUGUACAUGUGGUGGCCACUCUACAUGUCCAACUGGACUCUUGCCUGGAGCAAGUAGGCACAGAGGCUCUUUCAAUGACCUCUCUGACUUGUCAGAGCUUAACAAAUCCCUGGAAAACAUCACAGGCCACAAACACAUCCCAAAUCCUGCCUUGUUAAGAGUCCCAUCCUUGAUGUCCGAAGUGGGGACGUCCUGGUCGGCGUGCAGUCAUGGUGACGAGCAUGAGAUUACAAAAUCUCGGAGUGGUGAGCAGAUCCCAAAGCCAACAACUCUCCUCAGAGCGAGCGUGUGCAUGGGCGACUGUGAUUUCACGUGCCCGUCCAGCACCCUGGGUCUUCAGAGCCAGCCAGCAUCAGCUGCGUCCAUGCAGGUGCCUGGCCAUCUGUUCCAGCCCUCACAGAGUUAUGUGGCAGCUGUACAAAACCCUAUACCCGUGCAGCCUAGCUACGUGCCUGCAAAUCAGCCAGUGCAGCCGCAGACGUACUCUUCACUGCCCUCCACAGCACAACAGCAAGCAACAAUCAUCCAAUCAGUGCAGCCCAUACCUGCACAGAGUACACCAAGUGUACCCCACAGCUGCACUCUUACAAGACAAUCCGGGCAACCCAUUGUCCAGGGAAGUGCCACAGCACCACAGAGCUAUCCUCCUGGUGUGCAGCAGCUUGCAAGCACACACAUUUUACUACCCUUGCAGCAAGCCGAACCUGGCCAGACGACGCCGGUGUUGCAGCAAGCCGCCCCAAAAAAUGUACUGCCUGAUCAACAUCUGACAAAUGUCCAGAAUCUUCCAGCCUCGCAAUGCAGCAUUUCAGCCUACAGAGCAGUACAGCAUGCCUCCGCUGUGCAGAGCUUUCCGGAAGCUCCAGCACUGCACCUAAGCGUGCAAACGUCUCAGCACGGCUCGUCCGGCGCCGCACCGACGGGCCAAGAAGAUCCUCUUCAAGCCACAACACGGAAGGCUCUUCAUGCUGCAAGCAUGAUCGCUGCUGGAAAAGCAGAUUUCAAAGAACCUGUUAUUCUCAAUGCACCUUUACAAACCGGUUACACGAUUGAAGUUCCAGUUCAACCGGCCCCGACCUCUCAGCCAUCUUUAGUGCAAGUUUCUGCUGCUCAACAAGCGCAAAUCCAUCAGCCGUCCUUGUCUCACCAGCCAGCUCACCUCACGCAGUUAUCCUCAUUGACCCCUGGCCAUUGUGUCAGGGUUCCUCUUCACGGACAUGAUUCCUUUUCCUCAUCAUUUCCUUUUUCUGCGCAGUCAUCCCUCACUCCAAUUUAUCUCUCCGCCGGCCAACCUGUGCCUACCCCUCCCUCUGUUUCACCGGGGCCCGACUCGCAGAUGGAUGGCAGUGUGCCAACGCCCCACCCACUCCUACCCUCUGCUUCCUCUGCACCAACACAGUGUUCCCAACAAGCCUGCGCACCUCCUGUGCUCACGAGUAUAAUACCUACCAUACAGUGCUCCCAACAGGGCUACAGCGUAGCUCCCCAACAAAGCACAAGCUCUGUGGCCACACUUUCUUUGCAUCCCCUCAUGCAGACCACUUCCCCAGUUUACUCAACCCAAGUUACUUCACCCAACACUGCCGCUCUGUCUGCAGGAGCUCCUCCCCUCUUUCAGGCUACUCAGGGAGCUCCCAGCAGCAAUACCCAGUCCCAGAUUGUGCUUCCAGCCCUGGCGAGCUUAUCCCAGAGCUCUGUUCCAGUCCACACCCCACUGACCAUUGCUGUUCCCGUCCAUUCUUCUCAAACAGCUGUCACUGUGGCUCCGCACGCUACCACCAUCCCUGGCCACCAUACACAACCUGCCUCUGCUGCCCAGCUGACUCCUCCUGUCCUGCAAGGCCUUGCACCAGAUCCUUUAAGCACUGGGGAGUCUCUGGAUAUAAACCAGGAACUUCAGGCCUCUGCAGUCACCACCAAAAUGACUCAGCAAACACAGCCAGGCAGCAGCAUCACGACUCCUCACAUUCAGCAGUGCAGUGCUGGUGCAAGCCAGACAGCCACCGAAGUAUCUGCUGAGGAGAGUGCUCUAGAUAAGCAGACAACAGUGGCUGCAUAUGACAGCGUGAACUCUGAUGCCACGUCGGGAAAAGAGAUGAGCGAUGGGAACGAGGGAACGCACGGCGGGAGGAGCGAGUCGAGGGUCCGCAAACACCAUCGCAAAUCCUCUCGCACACGAUCCCGGCAGGAGAAGCCUGGCAAGCCAAAACUGAGCAUGCUCAACGUGUGUAACACGGGGGAUAAGAUGGUGGAAUGCCAGCUGGAGACUCACAACCACAAGAUGGUCACUUUCAAGUUUGACCUCGAUGGAGAUGCUCCAGAGGAGAUUGCAACAUACAUGGUUGAGAACGACUUUAUCUUGCUGCUUGAGAAGGAGAUGUUCAUUGAGCACCUGAAGGACAUAGUGGAGAAGGCUGAGGACAUCCUGAGUGAAGAUGCAGAGGGAGAGAGAGGUUCAGGACAUCUUUCCCAGCCACAUCAGAACCUCAAAGGGGGAACUGGUUUUGAGGGAGCAAAGCCUCAGCAAACGCAGUCUAAUCAAUUGGUAUACCAACAAAAUGUACUUCACACUGGAAAACGUUGGUUCAUCAUCUGCCCUGUGGCAGAGACUGCCAGUAAUGGUGAAGACAAUCUCACAGCCAAAGACCCAGAGGGCACACCUGCAGCUCCAGACGCUAGCAUAGGUGAAGCCAGACCUCUACAGAAUAACCCACCACUGUCUAACACCGCCCCCCUCAGUGCCCCCGAACACCCCCAAACAGCAGACGAUCCUCAAAAGACUCAUUCAAGAGGAAUGUCCAUGGUUGCCGACAUCCCGUGCUGUCCUAUCGCCACUCCCACUUCCCAGGCUGAUAAUGUCCAGGCUGAUAAUGUGAAAACAAAUGUCCCCCCUCCCCAGCCAGCCAGUCACGACCCCAGCCCUGUCUCGGACACGUCUCUGACCCAGGUUCAACCAGUAGUGCUUCAGCAGCCUUUUUCCACCCCUGUUCCACCCCCUACGCAGUCACAGCCUCAGAGCCCUGCCCAUCAAACUCAAGGUCCCCCUGCUUCCACUUCACACACACAGCCAGGGAGUGGACCAGCAGAGUCUGAUGGGGAAGGGCCUCCUAGACUAGAGUUCACUGACAGGACAAUAAAGACGCUUGAUGAGAAGCUCAGGAAUCUUCUGUACCAGGAGCAUAAUCCCUCACAAUCCACGAGUUCCACCUCGGAUCCUCCCGGCUCACCUCCAGUAUCAGACAGCCAAAGCAGCGAUGGACCACUGAGAAGAGGGGAGAUUCUGCCUCAGAUUCCAGAGAGGAUCGAUAGUCUCGGUACCUUGAGUGACUCUGCUGUUGCUCCUUUAAAUAGACAGCCGGCAACUGACUUGGAGGGCAACUCUGACGGACUCUCUACCUCGAAAAGCCGUUUCCAGAUUGCUCCCACGGCACCAGAUAUUGUCCAGAGUUUGGAGCGUGGCAGAAAGAGCCGAACUUCCUGCAGUUCUGUGGCACUUGGACACGCAGGAGACGAGGAUGCAGAUAUCGGCGUUUCCACUGCAGAUGAGAAUGGAGGCCAAACAAUGCAGAUGUGCCAUAGUAAUCGUUACUCAGCGCCUCCAAACCUAUAUCAGGACAUGCUCACCUCCAACGUGGAGGCCGCAACCUCAAUGCCUCACGCUCAUACCUCCUUUUCAAUGGAUGGAGCCACACAGCAUGGCUACCAUCUCUCCACAGAUUCUGGCGAAGAGGACAGCCACAUGAUUCUGCCCCAUAAACCUGCACAGGCCGUUCCCACCCAUUCGGAGCACGUCGGAAGUGAUCUUGUAAAACGGGCUGUAGCUUUCUUCCGUCGCUCUGGUCGCAGCAGCAGUGUGCAGAGCUCCGAUUCUCCCUGUCGUCCACCAGUUCUUAAUGGCCACGCCCCGUGUGUUUCAAGCCAUGCCCACUCCGCAUACGUCAGCAGUGACAAUGACUCGGAGUUUGAGGAUGCUGACAUGAAAAAGGAGCUGCAGAAGCUUAGAGAAAAGCAUAUGAAGGAAAUCUCUGAGCUGCAAGCCCAUCAGAGAAGCGAGAUUGAGCAGCUUUAUUCGCGACUCGGACGCGCCGUGCCUCCUAGCGUGGGAUUCCCGCAUGCUGUGCCCCCAACUGGCCGCCGCCGCAGAACCUCCAAACACAAGCUCAAAGCGGGCAAGCUUCUUAAUCCAACUGUGCAACAGCUCAAAUCCAACCGUGCCAACAGCCCAGCCGAGACCUGUUCCAGCAUGUCGGCAUCCCCAGCUAAAAGCUCAGGUCUAGGUAACAGCUCUGUGGCUUCCAGCAGGGCCACACUGCAGAGUCCAGUGUCUGAACCUCUGCAACCAGUCCAAACCCAGCAGCCAUGCUCGCUCAAAGUCUCACUUUCCUCUGACAACAUCUAUGAUUCAGCCCCACCUGCGCUCCCAGGGCAAGGCUGGACCGUUUACCACCAAACAUCCGAGAGAGUCACCUAUAAAUCUAGUAGCAAACCACGCACUAGAUUCCUCAGUGGACCCGUGUCUCUGUCCAUCUGGUCUACUCUGAAACGACUAUGUCUAGGCAAAGAGCGCAGUAGUAGGUCAUCGCAUUGCAGUGGAACAACUUCAGUAAGCUCAGCAUCCAAUCAGCAAUCAGCACCGUCUCCUGUUGCCAUGCCUGUACCUGAUCCUCAGCCAUUCACAACACUCGCUCAGGCUCAGACCAACAACAGCAAUAACAAAAAGCGGACGUUCACCGCCGACUUGCACAAGCUGGUUGACGACUGGGCAAGAGAGACGCUCAGCGCCGCCCCUCAGCCCCGCCCUUCCCUUAACCAAAUCAAACAGCAGCAACGGAAUCAGGACCUGAAGGGCACGCUGACACACAUGAGUGGAGGCACAGUUCAGAUGAGGGCUUCUGCACCCCCAAAGUCCCUGCCAUUCCAGCUGCCCCUCCCGUGCCCACUUUCAGCUGCUCCGGGUCCCAGCGUGCCACCUGCCCUCAGUAACGCACCCUCACCCGUUCUCCAUCCAUCAUACAUGCUCCCCACUGGCCCUUUUGGAGGGGUAAUGCCAGCUUCUGGGUUUCCAUCCCAGUGGCCUCAGGUCCCCUGUCCAGUUGGCACAAUGGGGCCAGUGAACAUGAUUGGCGCUCCGGGUAUGAUAUCCAUCCCUGCUUUGGUGAACCCUGCACUGCAAUCCUUUCCCAUGGCACUGAAUAGCUCGGAUACCCCCACGUGCAUAGGCAGUGCCAGAACUCUCUAAACAUGCCAUUGUUACUGUACCUGGUGUUCCUCUGUAAUGCAAAGCUUUCUACUAUGUUAUGUAAAUUAGAACUAUGCCGAUCAUCCAGUGAUUCCCUGGUUAUUACAGUAACUUCCUACUUAGCUGGUUCUGUUGGCUGGUAAUCAAUCACUGUCUGUCACAGACACGCUACGAUGUGCAGGUUACCCAAGCUUGCACACUGCACCUACAGUACCCAUAGUCCUGUCGCAUUGGUCCAGUGUUAUUGAUGUCAGCAACAGUCUGUAUUUGACCGCAGACACAUCUGUACAUAGCCUCAGAGCUUGUAAAUAGUGUCUGUGUGCGUGUGCUUGAACAAGUGCAAAAGCAUUUGUCUGGCCUUUAUUCUACAGCCAUAGUGACAUCAUUUUAUGGUCUGUAUCUGUCGAGUCUUUUUCACAACAGCUCAGCAAUCACCGUUUGCUAAGGCUAAGACAGACAGAAACGCCUUUGACGAUGGCUGCCAGAAUGUACUCGCACAAACCACAAAGGAAAUACGACACAAACGUCAAAGAACAAAUCAGAAAUGGUAUCAAAUUCAAUCCGUUUGUAAUAAGAAAUCCAUACUUGAAAUAUCAAAUCUGCAACUCGUACAGUUAUAGUUUGUAACUGUUGGCUGACAGAAUUGCACACCAUACAACCGAGUGCUGUCUCAGAACAUACUGCAAAUCUGGAAAAAAAAAAGAAAAGAAAAUGGCUUCAAGGGGAAUGUAGUGCCUUGAGAGUUAAACAAUUUCCCCAUGAAAUUCAGCCUUCGAUCAAGAUGGUGCAUCCUUUCGGGUCACUAGAAAUCUAUUGUGUUUAUUGCAAUACCUAUUUACGUUCAAUACCCUUCCCCCAAUCCCUAAAUAAUAAUUGUUUACAGUUUUAAGGCUUUCUAGACAAAGCACCACACGACGUCUCUCAUGGUCAUCAAAAUAAACGUCUGCAAACUCUUUUGGUGUUACGAUCCCCUCAAAUACAAGCACAGUUUAACGUAUUCACAGAUCUUUAUUCCACAACUGUGACCUCGAACACUGGCCACUUGCAUGACUUUUGAUAUCGGAAUCCUAAACAAUUCCCUGUUCCUGCAGACUUUUACGUGAUGCGGUGCUUGAGAAUGUUGUCCAUAGGAACGAUUUUUUUGCAUGGUCACUGUAAAGUUUACAAAAUUCAGUCCAGGUUUAGAUUUGACGGUCAGGUCGGGGGUCAAAAAAGCUGUAGAACGCAUUACUCAAGGUAACGUUUGAGACCGUUUGGCUUCACCUUCUUAAGUGCAAUUUAACUUUAAAAUCCCAAGAAAAGGAAAAAGGGGGGUGAGGGUAGCCUUGUCAUGAGCCUUAUGCACUAACCAGGUGAAAGAGGAGAGGCUGUGGUUAACUUUAACACACCACAGACCUCUUGUAGCGAGCCAUACACUAAUUCCAGUGAGUUUCGUUAAGUUGUGUGGGUUUGUGUUUUUGUUUUGUUUUGGGUUUUUUUCUGUCCCGUUGUGGAUACCUUUAUUGGUGUAUGAAUUGGAUCUUGUAUAUUUUGAGGUUGGAGGAAGGUGCAAUAUUUAGUUUACACUUGUUAAUAUAAUAUUAAUAUAAUAGAUUUUAGCUUUUUUUUAUGCUGCUAGAAUGACACAGGUGAUCCAGUAUAUGAAAAACGAAGGCAAACAACACUAACUUUUCGCAACCACAGGUACAAACUCUAUCCCUGGUCAAAAUCUACCCAUAUAUACUCUGCUGCUGGAUGAGAACGAUAACCGAGUAUUAGACAUCAAGUCACUCAUUAAGUUCUGUCUGUGUUCUUGUUUAUAGAAUGUUGAUUUUCCUCAUUUUAGAGGGAUUUGGUCUAGCAUCCUGAACACCGUCCUGUUCAUUCACUUCCCUCUUCCUUAAACCGAUUUGCUCUUCGGUCCAGCAUGAUUAGCUUUGGUCCUAAACACUUCCUGCACUGCGUUUAAACAGCAAUACACAAAUAGUCGCCAAAUCCAGCCCUACUCCAAGCCUGCAAACUCGAUACUGUGAUGCCACAUUAACGUUACGCUGGGGUAUAAGGAAUUAAAUCAAAUCAGGAAGUAUGUCCAUUCGUCACACCUAGUAGUCAGAUUUGUCUAUUUUCUUUUUCCCCAAAAAUACUUUAAAUUAGACUAUCAAAUUUUGAUUGGGAUGACCUAGAGUCUUUGCUACACUUGGAACUUUUGCACUUGCCCCCUUUUGUAAUUUCAUGUUCGUCACUUGGACCAGCAUGUUGAAGCGCUCGAUUACACCCUUCAAAAUCGAGCCACGUUUAUAUACCCCGCAUUCGAAGAGGUCGUGAGCCGUGGUUCUGUCAAGCUGUGAAUUAUACAGGUUGCUUGUAAUUAAUGUAUGUACAGUUAUUUUGCUUUUGUAUUUCUUUUUUCUCUUCCCCUGUUUUCCCCUCUUCUUUAACAUGUAUGUGUUAUUGUUCCAUCAAUUCAGUUUGAAUUGGAUUUUUUUUUUUUUUAUGUAGGCUGUUAUGCAGAAUAUUCUGCUUCGGAUGAAAUACUUUUUCUUUUCUUUUUUUUAUAGAAAGAGAUUUCUGUCCUCUGUUGUUUUUUGUUUUUUUUUGGAUCCAGUUGCCAAGUCUGUAUACGCAUUUAGCAGAUGUGGAUCUGAAUUAUUCAUUGUUACCGUUUUCUACAUGAAAGCCAUGUUUCAUUGCUUCUGCUUCAACUUUUGCUCAUACAUUUGCAUUAAGUUUCUUCAGCCCAGCCUAAAAAAAGCUGCACUCUGAUCACAAAGACUGUAUAUGUUUAAUGAAAGAAAUGAAUAAACAUUAUUUUGUGCUUGAUAAUA